AUGGGCUCAAAUAGUUUUGAAAAAUUAAUAAUUCAAGCUCGAUAUCUUGAUGACGGCAUUGAAAAACUAAUUAUGGCUUGGAAACUUCCCCAUGUUUUAAUUGGACGUUUUGCAGAAUGUACCGCAGAAACAAAUUCUUAUGUCGAAGCUGUAUGGAAUGACAUAAGAAAUAAACAGAAUGGGAUAGAUGAAAUUUUGUCACAAAUGGAAGGUUGCAAGUCAAAAAAUUCAGUACAUAUGGAAGAAUUUCUUCAAGAAGUUAAGAAAGACUAUGAAACAUUAAAAGAGCAGUGUGACCAUUUGAAUAAUGUUUUUGAAGAACAUGGGUAUCAUUAUAGUGAAGAUGAUAUUUUAAACGAAACAAGUAUAAACAAUAACAAGGGCUCUGCUGAAAAUUUAGUUGAAGAAAUGGGAAAUUUAGAAAUCGAAUUUACUCCUAAUCUCAGUUGGAAGUGUAAAAUAAGGCAAAAUGAAUUAACAUCAAUAUCUAGUAAUAGUUGUAUAUCACAUACAUUUACAACACCUUCAACUAGUAGUUUAACAAUUCCUAAUGAUAGUUCUAUUAUACAUAAGGAUUAUAUAUGUACUCCAGGAAGAGAACGACCACAAGAACCAAUUUAUUCUAAACAUUUUUAUAGUAUAUUGAAAAAAUAA